AUGUGGGGUCUCAAGCUCCCAUCCGACACACCCAUCGUCCUCGCCGUCUUCGGCAUCCAGGCCCUGCCCUCGAACAACGCCGGGACUCUCAUCGAAGCCUUCGACACCCUGAUCUCCCCCCAUGCCCCGUCCAUCGAGAACCUAGAGCAAAACGACCCGGUCGCAACACGGCUCUGGCUCUCAUACUGGCCGUCCCGCGCAUCGUUCGACGAAUGGUGGUCCAGCCCCCCCGUCGCAUCCUUCUGGUCCUCACUCCCCGAUGACGCCGGCGUAUACCGCGAGAUCAUGACCGUCCCGCCCGGCCGCACACAGCACGGGACCAAUGUCUUGAAACAGCACAACGGCAUGGCAAAGCUGGGAGUCUUCGAGGAUAUCGGCGAUAAGUCGGGGUACUGGGGGUGCUACUACGAUCGGAUGGCGGACGUGACAAGGGAGAGGAGGAACGAGUUCCGGUCGUCGACGGAGACCCGACCUGCCCGUGUCUCUGCUCUCGCUGGAACCCCAGCGAAUCUUCACCGGGGCAGGGUCACGAUCAACGACCUGCCAGAAAACAUCGCCUUCGUCGUCGAAGGCCAGGACCACAGCCUUAUCCAGUCCAAGGAGAAAGAAUACUGGAUGGAGCACUUUGAUCAGCCCGUCACGAACUGGAUAAGGGACCUCGUCGACGCAGGGCCGCAGGCAGGCAUCCUGGAAACACGCCUCUGCUACGACCCCAGCAAGGGGCUCUACCGAUCUCCAAAGGCACAGCCGCCCGCGCUCAACUACAACCGCAAGGUGCAGCUCUUCUAUUUCCAGGACUUCGAGGCUAUGGAGAAGAUCGGGCGCGAGAAUAAGGGGCAUAUCAAGUUGAGACGGGAGUUCUUGCAGUCUUAUGGGCCUGGGGGUGCGAUGGGGGAGUUGCCGGGGAAAUUGUGCUUGUGGGUUGAGGCGAGUUUACUCAAGGCGUCGGAGAUUGAGGCUGAGUAUGUGGGCUGUGUUGAGGGGACCGGGUUUAUGGGGUUGAGCUGGGAAUGA